CCGGAGUGUAACGUCACUGGGGGCUCGUAUUAAAAAUAAGAACAAAAAUCCGGAGUGAAAGUAUUUCAGGAGCAGUUAGGAGCCCCACUUCUCUGUCCUCAGAGUAGCCACUGACGUCCCGAUAGUUGCAUUGCGCAGAAAAAAAACAGCACCAAACUGGCAAGUUACGGUCCAUCAAGCUUAAACAGAGAACAUUCCGUGAUUGGAAGGCGUAACUAUGUUUUUCCUUUGUGACCACGGUGCGCAAAGGCUUUUUCUUGUCGCUAAAGCUCACUGACAGAUUUUCUUGCUCAGUUUUGAAAUUUUCCCGAAGUGAACAAAGUGGACGGAGUCGCCCGCGGAGCGGGGUGCGACUGCCUGAGUGCGGGAGAGCGAUAAAGGGUUAAGGACGGAAAGUGGAAAGUGUGUCUCAGCAUGGAUGAGAAUGAGCAGAGCGCAAGAGACGCGGAGCAGCGAGGAGCGGCGGACGAGUCCAACAGCGCCAUACGACCCCUCCUGCAAGCUCCGGGGAACCUGCAGCUUCCGCACCGCAUCACAAACUUCUUCAUCGACAACAUCCUGCGACCGGACUUCGGCCGCAAGAAGGAAGCGAGCAUCACGCGCGACGAGGGCGAUCACGGCGCGCGAGAAAACCACAACCCUACGGGUCCUAGCACGGGACAGGUGGGGAGUACUGUGCCGGCGGAGGGGACUUCCGCGACGCACACGAGCGCUGGGGGAAAGAAGGCAGAGAUAGAGAGCGAGGAGCCCCUGAAGACCCGCGGGGAGAAUGUGGAUCAGUGCCUGGGUUCAGAAUCGGAUAGUUCACAGUCCAAUUCAAGCGGGCAACUCGGCCAGCCUAUGCUGUGGCCCGCUUGGGUUUACUGCACGCGAUACUCGGACAGACCGUCGUCAGGUCCUAGAUCUCGUAAACCAAAGAAGAAAAACGCGAAUAAAGAGGACAAACGACCGCGCACGGCCUUCACGGCGGAGCAGCUCCAGAGACUCAAGGCCGAGUUUCAGACCAACCGCUACCUGACCGAGCAGCGGCGGCAGGGUCUGGCGCAGGAGCUCGGCCUCAACGAGUCCCAGAUCAAAAUCUGGUUCCAGAACAAGCGGGCCAAAAUCAAAAAAGCCAGCGGCACCAAGAACACUCUGGCGUUGCACCUGAUGGCGCAGGGACUGUACAACCACAGCACCACGUCAAAAGACGACAAAUCAGACAGCGACUGAGACGG